CGGAUCUAACCGAAAUGCAUGAUGGGAAAGCCAUAAUGGCUUCGGUUUAUUUGAGAUCUUAUUGAAAGUUUGUGCAAAGCUACUUGUCUAAAAAAAGAGACAAACGUGAAUGCUUUGUAUAAUGAAGCGAAUAUUGUCUAAAUCGUAGGCGUCGUUUUUGUCACGAUUUGAACCUCUUCAACCAGACAGCCCUUUCAUUUUUCACUAUGUCUGCAAAAGUGGACCACAAGGAGAGAAGCAGGUCGAGCACCGACUCGAAGGAAAGGAGACGAUCGACAAGCACAGGAAGAAAGGAAAAGAAGCGAAGACGCAGCCGAAGCAGAUCUUCAUCAGUCAGUUCAUCCUCCUCCUCCUCCUCCUCCUCAUCAUCAUCGUCCUCUUCUUCGUCAUCAUCUUCUUCUCACUCCUCUUCUAGCAGUGACACGUCACGCAGCAGGAGCAGCUCCAGUAGCAGUGAUUCUUGCCGGAAGAAAAGCAAAGUUUCAAAAAAAAUUAAAAAGGAAAAGUCUGGCAAAAAGAAACAUAAAAAAGAUAAAGCACGCAAGCGAAAAAAGAACAAGAAAAAUAAAGGAGACGAAGACGACUCUGGUCCGGUUCAGAUUUCAAAGUACCUGAAGGAGAAGAAGCGCAGUGGCAAGUACAGCAUGAUCUCAGGGAAGAAGAUCAAAAUGAAGGUGAAGAAAUCAAAGAAGGACAAGCAAAGAGACAAAAACCGUGCUGAGCUGUUGGAGUUUCUGAACUCGACUUGCUAAUUCGGACUCUGUGCUUCCACUUUCCCCAUAAUUAUUUUAUUUUUUUUAUUUUUACUGACUUUGUCUUGGCCAAUCAGCUCUCAGGGAAAUGCCUGUAAUUUCCUGUAAUGGACAGCACUGUGGGCCCUCGUGCAGCUCGCCACAACUGGAGAAACCUUUUAUUUUGUUAUCUUUUUAUCUUUCUAUAUUAUUUUGUUACCCAUCCAAUGCGACUCCAAUGCUCAUUUAUUCCUGUUAUAAACCACCACUCUUGUGUGUGUUUGCUGUUUUUGGACUUUUUAAUACAGUUUAGAGUAAUAUUGUCUACUUCUGAUCCAUCACUAUGUAGAUUGCUAUUUAUAUUGUAACAAGAUCACACAGAUUACUAAAAUCAGGAAAAACAUAGAGGCUUUUCUUAAAAAUCCACACAGCCUUUUUUCAAUACCCCAAAUAUCAGAAUUACAGCAUACAACAUUAUCACCUAAAAUAAGGACUCGUGAGACAUUUAAAGUAGAAUUGUAGAGAAUGUCAGUAGAUAUAUCCAUGAUCACACCUUUUACAUUAAUAUGACAGUGGUGUAGCAUUCAUAAAAUGUGUUUUGUCGUGUUUAAGUGAGUAAGAACUGAUAACAUAUCGACAUCUGUAUUGGUUCUUAGAUAAAUAAAAAUUAAUCGGACCAAA